GUGACAUUGAGUUGCUCUUCCCUGCCAGAUGAUGGAGAGUGUAAAAUGUAGUUAUGAAGAUACUGCUUAUGAUGGUCAGAACAGUAAGACAAUGGAAGGUGUUUUCCACACCCCUUUAGAAGAGAGAGUUCGCCCUUAUAUUGAUCUGAUUGACUCUUUGAGGCUGAUUGGUAUUGAAAAAGAUUUGGCUUUGCCAACUAUUGCCGUAAUUGGAGAUCAGAGUUCUGGUAAAAGCUCUGUGUUGGAAGCACUAUCUGGGGUGGCAUUGCCCAGAGGGAGUGGUAUUGUGACAAGAUGUCCACUGGAGCUAAAGCUGAGGAAGAUAAAAUGUGGUGUUCAAUGGAAAGCUGUAAUAUCUUACAAAGAACAGUUCAUUGAGUUUGAUGACCCAUCAGAGGUUGAGGGUUACGUUAAGCAAGCCCAGAAUGAACUGGCUGGAGAUGGAGUUGGAAUUUGUGAUGAACUCAUCACUUUGGAGAUCAUGGCUCCUGAUGUAUGUGACCUCACACUGAUCGAUCUCCCUGGGAUUGCCCGAGUUCCUGUAAAAGGUCAACCUGAAGACAUUGGAUGUCAGAUAAAAAGUCUCAUUUGGAAAUAUGUAAAGAAGGAUCAAACUAUAAAUUUGGUCGUGGUCCCAUGUAACGUUGACAUAGCAACAACAGAAGCUCUGAAAAUGGCACAGGAAGUGGAUCCUGAAGGAAAAAGGACUCUGGCAAUUCUUACAAAGCCAGACCUUAUAGACAAGGGAACAGAAAAGAACAUCAUGGAUAUAAUCCGAAAUCAGGUCAUUCCCUUAAGCAAAGGCUAUGUCAUUGUUAAAUGUCGUAGCCAAAAGCAAAUUGAUGAUAAGAUCUCUCUGACUGAGGCCACUCGAGUAGAGAGGGAAUUCUUCAAACGUCAUGAAUACUUCAGUUGCCUGUUGAGUGAGGAGAAAGCAACUAUUCAGUGCCUUGCUUCCAAACUGACUCAGGACCUGGUUGAUCACAUCAAAAACGCAUUACCCCUUAUCUCAGAAGAGAUCAAGAAGCAGCUGUGGAGCUUUAGAAAAGAUCUGAGUAAGUGUGAAGUCGGCCCACCACUGGAUCCACAGAAGAGGAAGAUCUUCUUUAUUGAUACCUUGACAAAAUUUAAUGAUAAAAUUAAUCGCUUGUCAUGUGGGGAAGUGAUCAACAAAGAUAACUUGUUUGUGAUGCUUCGGUCUGAAUUCAAAAAGUGGAAAGACCAUCUUGACAGCACAAAGCCAUCAUUUCACAAAAUGGUCCAGGAUGUGGUGAGUGAAUAUGACCUGAAACACAGAGGACAAGAGUUGCCUGGAUUCAGUGACUACAAGGUGUUUGAAAUGGUGGUGCAGAAGCUUGUGAGCCAGCUAAAAGAACCGGCCAUUGACACACUCAGGGUCAUCAGAGACACCAUUCAGGACCAGUUUUUAGAUGUGUCCAAAACCUGCUUUCUCCACUACCCUUACCUCCAGUCUGUUGCAAUGAACAAAAUAGACAACAUUCAGUCAAAGCAGGAAGCCAAGGUGAAGAAGAGGAUCAUGGAGCAGUUUGAGAUGGAGCAACUGGUCUACACUCAAGAUGACAUCUACUUCAAAACCUUGAAUGAGAUUCACAGUACUGAUGGGCUGAAAGCUUCAGAAGAAAACUUUGCUGGAUUUGACAGCAGAAGCAAAUAUCCUGAAAUGUUGCAGGCUUAUUAUGAGAUUGUGGUGCAGCGCUUGGCUGAUCAGGUGCCCAUGUUGAUCAGAUACUUAAUGCUAAAGACGUCUGCUCAGCUGCUGUGCACAGAGAUGUUGGGUUUAAUGGAUGGUGCCAACGUGGCCGAUGCCUUGCGUGAAGAUUCGGAUAUCAGCAGAAACCGCAUUGAGCUGCAGAACCGUGUGGAACGUCUUACCAUUGCUCAAGGGAAACUCAGCAACUUUGUUUGAAGCUACAGGGCUGCUGUAGAUCAGGGUUUUACAUCUUUUUUGAAGUUUUAUAUAAAGUUUUCUAUAAAGAACUCAACAAAUUAGUUGAGUGCUCAUAAAUCUUUUAUGGCUUUUUCUUAUCAGUUUAAUUAUGUAUUUAUGUAUAAUUUAAAUUUAACUUAGACAACAUGUGCAACAUGGCAAUUUAAAAUUCUAAUAGAUAUUAAAUCAGUACAGAAGAACAAUCAGAAUACAAAUUAUACAAAAGACAUGAUUUAACUACAGUGUCAAUUUCAAAUCAAUUUCAAAUAAAUACUUGCUGUCUAAAUUUUUUUUAUUGUGAAUGCAUUAUACCUAGACAGCAUUAAAAUAUACUCAAUAUUCACAAUAUUCAGCAUUUAAUUCAACAGGUCAAAUGUAUGCAAUCUAGGGGUUUUUGGAUAGUAAUUGAUGUUGUAUUGAAUUCAUGUCAAGCUUAUAAGAAGUUCAGGAGUUUCUAAGAGUUUUGGAAUUAUGAUAUGCAUGAUAACUUACAAGAAAUACAAGAAAAUGUGGAAUACUGUCAUAUUUAGCCUAGGAUGAUGAUGUAAUGAAUCUAAUUACAAUUUUGUAUUUUAUGUUCUGUAAAGCUGCUUUGGGACAAUUUCCAUUGCUACAUGUGAUAUACAAAUAAAUUGAUUUAAAUUGAAUUGAAUUAAAAAGACCAGAUUAUAGCUAUAAAAAAAAUCUAAAAAUCUCAUCUCUCAUUUUCUACCGCUUAUCCGAACUACCUCGGGUCACGGGGAGCCUGUGCCUCAGGGGUCUCUAAAAAUCUUUAAAAAAAUUUUAAAAAUCCCAUAUUCACAAAAUUUAUGG